UGCAACAAUAAGAAAUAAAGCCAGUCAACCAUUAAAGCUCAGAGAGAGAGAGAGAGAGAGAGAGAGAGCACAAGAAACUAAAGCUUUGAAAUGGCAGCCAAACCCAAUCCAAUUCCUCUCCUCACUCCCUACAAAAUGGGAAAAUUCAACCUCUCUCACAGAGUUGUUUUAGCACCACUAACAAGGAACAGAUCAUACAACAACAUUCCACAGCCUCAUGCUAUACUCUACUACUCUCAAAGAACUACAAAUGGAGGCCUUCUCAUUACUGAAGCCACCGGUGUAUCCGACACCGCUCAGGGGUACCCAGAAACACCUGGAAUUUGGACAAAAGAGCAUGUGGAAGCAUGGAAACCAAUUGUGGAUGCUGUUCAUAACAAGGGUGGGAUCUUCUUUUGCCAAAUUUGGCACGUUGGUCGCGUCUCCAGUUAUGCAUUUCAACCUAAUGGUGAAGCUCCCAUAUCAUGUACGGACAAGGGGGUGACACCUGGCCUUGAUGGAGUAGAUUGGUCCCCUCCUCGACGCCUGAGAAUCGAUGAAAUCCCUCACAUUGUCAACGAUUUCAGGCUCGCUGCGCGUAAUGCCAUUGAUGCUGGAUUUGAUGGAGUAGAGAUCCACGGUGCAAACGGGUACAUAAUCGACCAGUUCAUGAAAGAUACAGUGAACGAUAGGACCGACAUUUAUGGUGGGAGCUUAGAGAACCGGUGUCGCUUCGCCUUGGAAAUAGUAAAUGCUGUAGUGGAUGAGAUUGGAGCUGAUAGGGUUGGAAUGAGACUCUCUCCUUUCGCAGACUACAUGGAGACCGGUGACUCGAACCCUGAUGCACUAGGGCUUUACAUGGCUAAUGAAGUCGGCAAGUUCAACAUUCUCUAUCUUCACGUGAUUGAACCAAGGAUGGUUAAAAUAGGCGACAGUUACAUUCGAUUUUUUCCACUUCCUGAGAUCUCUCUCGAAUCAGGUAUGAGACUCCUCACAGUCUUCUUCCCAUGAGGAAGGCUUUUAAAGGUAGUUUUAUUGCUGCUGGUGGGUACAAUAGAACUGAAGGUAAUAGAGUUAUAGCAGAGAACUACUCUGAUUUGGUGGCGUUUGGACGCUUGUUCUUGGCUAAUCCAGAUUUGCCUAGGAGGUUUAAGCUGGAUGCACCACUAAACAAGUACAAUAGGAACACUUUCUAUAUUCCAGAUCCGGUUAUCGGGUACACAGAUUAUCCAUUUCUUGAUCAAGAUGUCCCUGCUUAGAAUGUAAUGUUACAAGAGGAAUUGGAUUGUGUUCUAAUUCUACUAUGAUGAUUUGCAUGGUUUCUUGGUGACAUUGGUAUUAAUAGAAUAGGGACUUGAAUAUGUAAAAGAUGAUGAUUUGUAGUAUAAUUAUGCAGGUAUGACCAAGAAGAAGAAGAAUAUAUGGAUUCUUAAGUUUGGUGAAAGAAA